CGCGCCACGGCACGACAUAAUGUAAUCGUAAUGUCGCUUGUCGGAGGACGACUAUAACCUAUCUGUUCUCGUAUAACGCAUUGAUAUUCUUCUUCUUGACUACGACACCUUUCUCCCGCGACCUUCCUGAGAUCUCUGGCUAGUUGGCUACAUUCGGCGUCGCUCGUCUCGUUCCUCGACGAUUGUUUCCGCCGCUUGAAAAUACACCUUGUAAAUAAAAAUGUUGCGUAUCAGAGGAGUGGAUAUACGACUGGCUAGUACAUUAGCUGCCAGGAGUUCGUUUGGAAAAGAACUAGACUCCAUAAUAAGAGUCGAUCAUGCCGGCGAAUUGGGAGCUGACAGAAUAUACGCCGGACAAAUGGCCAUACUAGGCAGAACGACAGUCGGACCGACUAUACAGCACAUGUGGGAUCAAGAGAAGCGACACCGCGCCAAAUUCGAGGAAUUGAUUCGCAAGUACCGAGUCAGACCCACCGUCCUCAUCCCGCUGUGGAAUAUUGCCGGGUUCGUUUUGGGUGCCGGUACUGCUCUCAUGGGCGAGAAAGCAGCGAUGGCGUGCACUGUGGCAGUGGAGACUGUGAUCGUCGAGCAUUACAACGAUCAAUUACGUACGUUGAUGAAGAAUGACGAAAAUGUGGACAAAGAGAUACUCGAAAUCAUCAAGAAAUUCCGAGAUGAAGAGCAGAUGCAUCAUGAUACAGGCAUAGAUCACGGCGCCGAGCAAGCACCGUUUUACCAAGUUCUAACAAAUGUGAUCAAAUACGGCUGUAAAACCGCUAUUUCGAUUUCCAAAGUGAUAUGAACACAUUUGCAAGUAUUUGGGAUUAAAUGUAAAAAAACAUAA